CUCAACGAGUGUGCGUGCUGAGAGAGGUACUUUGUGGUACAGCGAACACACUAACAGAGCAUAGGAUGUACUGUAAUUUGGCAUGCACUCUCCCAGACAGAGAGUCUAAGGAGCAAACAGCUGAUGUGGAUGCUUCCUAUGGAUCCUGUUUUUUCCAAGACCAUGUGACUGAUGUCAUACUUAAUGUACUGGAAGAUGUCCACAUUAUUGUAAACCAGGUUUGUGUAAUGAGCAGCAGGCUUGACACUGGCAUUGCUUUUGUUAAUGAAGUCAUGGGAGGGAGCCUACCCACUCAAAACAGAGUUGAACGAAAUGGACAGCUGGAUCCUAUCAGUAUUGGACCAUUGGAUACAACAGACCAGAUAAAAACAGGAGUAUGUGAUAUCAGUGCUCCCCGGUGCCAAAGCACAGACCAGCAUUUGCAUCUUGCAAAAGUGCAUUCUUCAGAUUUUCCAACUGGUCCUACAUCAGAUCCAAUGAAGCACUGUACUGUGUGUAUGGAUGACAGACAAACGUCCGAAGAAACAAGGGACGUGAGGUUACAUUCUGUACAUCAGGAAGAAACAGAAGAAGACUCACUGUAUGAAGCUAUAGUGUCUGACUGCAAAGAGUGCCUGAGCCUCAAUAGUGAUGAAAAGGAAUUAAAAGGAGAGGGGAAAGAGAAAAGCAGGGAUGAGAGUGAAAAAUUGAAGCAUGGAUUGGUCACUGUUGGACUUGCAGACCAGUCAGGAGGAGCCAGUUUUUCAGAAUCUCCCAGAGUCUGCUACAUAACUGCCCCAUGCGAGGUUGCAAAUGUCAUGACAUGUGAGGUAGUUGACGGCCUGAGUUCUCUCAUGGUGUCAGGAUCAGAGGAGCUGGUCAGCAGUGUUCUCCGCAUUUCAAACUUCAGCGACAUCAAAUGUCCCUUCCCACUCAGCAUAGCAGUGCCGUUCCGAGUGAGUUACCGUGGGAACUAUAGAGAGAUUACAGUGAAAGUGGUGGAUCUGGAAAAAAGAGUUAGCUAUGUCACCCCAACAUGUACCAAAGGUUUCUAUGGAGGAGAAAGGGUCUGUAAUAAAAUGAAUUUGUUAAAAAAUUAUUUGUGUAAUUUCUGUUACUUAAAACCUAACACAGAGGUUAUUAUAGAUUUUUCCAAUGUAACAUGGUUUAUGUCCUUUAUAAUUAUUGUAAGCUUAUAUAUGAUAUGGAUAUGCUUAUGUUUAGCAAGUAUAAUGUCACUGUAUGCGUCUUCCUUAAAGGGAUCAUUUGCAGUAGUGCGGGUGUAUUCUCUGGGUGUGUUUGCGGUUCUGUCCCGUUUGAGGAUGGAGAGUUUUACUGUUCCUAAGGUGGGACUGUCUCUCAAACUCAGUGUGGACUCCAGGAUAUGCCUCGACUACUUGCCUGGAUCCUUCGCUGUACCAGUUGUUGCUCAAGUAAUGGUUCAGCCAGUGGACGCUGCCAUUUUAUCCUCUCUUAAAUCCAAAAAUGAUUCCUACCAUGCUGCUCUCACCUCAACUCCCUUACUGUACAUAAUCCACCCCUCAAAACUUAAACUCAGACGACCUUUCACACUUAUCUUGCCAUGUCCUUCUAUUUCGAGACGAGACGAUACUGACAGACCCAUUCCAGUACCAGGCAAUCUUUCAUACCAGCAGAUUAGGGUUGAUAGUGCCUCAGUUAAGUCUCCAAAAGACUGUAAAGAGCAGCUUGCUCUGCUGGGCUGGACAGAGAACCAUUGGAAAGUUUUAGAUAAAGUCAGUGUAAGGAACCUACAGAAUGGUCUGGUCUCUUUUGAACUAUCCGAGAGCUAUGAAAGGUUAAUAGUCCUUCGCAUUCAAUCCUCUGUAAAAUCUUCCUACCUGACUUCUUUCGUUGAAGAGCUGGAAGAAGCUGUAAAGAUCUUCUCAGUCACCACUGUAGUCCAUCAUGAGCGUCUGGACCCCAGCAGUGUGGUUGUGGCCACCCUGACAAGCAGAGAUCUUAGCUGGGAGCUCUCUGAACUCCAGGCCCUGGAUUACUGUGGACCUCCAGAGCCUUCGUCAAAAAUCUCCAUGAGGGAGGGACAACAGCUGCUGCUCAUGUUCAGCGGGAACAUAACCUGCAGUGCUAUAUUGAGCAAAUCUUGUAAUCAGGGGACAGAUUCUCACCUAAUCACAUUUCACAACCAAAGAAGGAACCGGCUCUAUUUGAGAUUAAAAGAAGUGGACCCCUUUGGCAAUUACAGCUCUCCUCACUACAAAGGUGUUGCCAGUUUAUUCAGGGUCACCAAAGGUCACUUGGUCUGGAAUGGUGACACAGUGGCCCUGUCUAAAGACUGCCCUCUAGAAGAGCCUGUCUGUAGGCUGCCACUCACUUUACCCAAGAGUGCCAGGACCAUCUUUCGACCUGUAAGUGCAAAUAUAUUGCAGCACAGUGAACCAGAUCCUCUCUCAGAUGAGCUGUUAUCAUGGCUCUGUGAUGAGCUCACUGAGGAUGAUGCAGCGCUUCUCGCCAUGUCUCUCAGUCUUCGUCGCUCCGCUGUACAGAUUGCCCGCCUGCGCGCACCCCACAGCCUCUCUCAACAAGCUUUUCGCAUUCUGACAGCUUGGAAAAGGGGCCUUCCUUCCACCUCUUCGAAAUGUUCCAUGCUGGCCCACUGCUUGACUCGCUCUGGAAGGCCUGACCUUGCUAGAGAGCUGCUGCUCAGGGAGGCUGCAGAUAAAAAAUAGAGGAAAAACCCAAGAGAAACAUGGAAACCAGGCAACCAGGAGGGACCUAUAACAGUAAAUGCUUCUUAAUUACAUUAGGCAAUGGAAGUGGUGGGGUGAGGGUUGGUUUGUUGUACUAAAUUGAUACUAAGAAAUGUUUUAUUUGGUAAUUAUGGUUGUUAUUGCUGUAAGAACCGUUCUUGUUUAUCAUGUUCUUCAUGAAUGAAACAUAUAACAUAGUAAAAAGUUUGCAUCCUUGCCACAAACACUGCAGAAAAAAAAGUACACGUGUUGGAAUAAAAAUACUGGUCACGUAAAAGUUAGAAAUGCAUUAAUAAUUUGUACCUAAUGACAAAAAUACCGGGCCCUUUUUAUGUAUUUGUGUGUUUUGGGGGGGGGGGGGGGUGCUUAUUCACUAAAGCCUACUCAUCAUUAAGUCUGGGAAAGUGGGGGCCCACCCAAAAAAGUUUGGUUCUUUCAAUUUUAGUGGCCGCCCUGAAUAAAUGUCAGACCAAUGCAAAUGAGGCCCAAAUAUUAAAUCUACUUAACUGUAAUCUAAAAUUUUAGAUUUAUUCAACAGAGCUGUAUAAAUGGAAGUGACCAGCAGAUGGUGCUGAUAUAACAAUGAAAAAUAAUCUUAAUAAAUAAAAAAUCGUGCACUGAAGACUUUAUUUACUUUAUCAUUUGCAUCAGAUAUAUAUAGGUGGAAUGAUAGCUAGAGGCAAAGGAAUCUGA